AUGGCCGCCAAGAAGGACCUCGAGACUGGAGGUGGAGAGAAGUUCACGGAGCCAGAUACCGCAGUUGGCUAUGUUGGUGACGAGAAUGCGGUUCACAAGUCCGAGUUCGUUGCUGGCGACAGCAUCUACGCCAGACUCCAGAGAGCUGCAGGCAAGUUCGGUGUCGAGCAGCGUGGUAUUGAACGAGUUCCAAGUGAUGAGAGAACCGACGCUGGAAUGAGCAAAAUCGGUACUCUUUGGCUUUCCGCCAACAUGGUUGUCUCCUCCUUCGCUAUUGGCGCCUUGGCUCAACCCAUCUUUGCUCUGGGAUUUGUCGAUACCGCUUUGACAAUCAUCUUCAUCAACAUCCUUGGAAUUAUUCCCGUGUGCUUCUUCUCAACCUUCGGUCCUCGGUUCGGUCUUCGUCAAAUGGUUCUCUCUCGAUUCUACUUCGGUUAUUACGGUGUAAAGCUGAUCGCGAUCUUCAACAUUCUCGCCUGUAUCGGAUGGUCAUCUGUCAACGUUAUUGUAGGCGCUCAGCUUUUCAACGCUAUCAACCAUGAUAUGCCUGGCUGGGCCGGUAUUAUCGUCAUUGCCAUCUCGACACUCAUUAUUUGCACCUUUGGAUACAAGAUCGUGCACGCAUACGAGCGCUGGUCCUGGAUCCCCUGCUUGAUCAUCUUCCUCAUCGUUGCAGGCGAAUUCGGCCACUCCGGCAAGUUCAACAGCCUCCUGCCUCUUGAGCGCGGCCCAACCGAGGCAGGCAGCGUCCUCUCCUUUGCGGCCUCCGUCUACGGCUUCGCCACGGGCUGGUGCUCCUACGCCGCCGACUACACCGUCUACCAGCCGGUCGACCGUUCCCGCCGCUCCGUAUUCGCCUGGACCUUCGCCGGCCUAUUCCUGCCGCUGGUCUUCACCGAGCUACUCGGCGCGGCUGUCAUGACCGCUGCCGCCACGGACGAGACCUUCUCGGACGCGUACUUCGACUCGGGCAUCGGCGGCCUGCUCGCGACGGUGCUGGUCCCGCCCCUGGGCCGCUUCGGCGAGUUCUGCGUCGUGGUGCUCGCCCUGUCCAUCAUCGCCAACAACUGCCCCAACAUCUACUCGGUCGGCCUGACCCUGCAGGUGCUCGCCAAGGGCACGCAGCGCGUCCCCCGCUUCGUGUGGGUCUUCAUCGGCACCGGCGCCUACAUCGCCAUCAGCAUCCCCGGCUACGACCACUUCGAGUCCUGGCUCGAGAACUUCAUGCUGGUCAUCGGCUACUGGCUCGCCAUCUACGAGGGCAUCUCGCUCACCGAGCACUUUGUCUUCAAGCGCGGCUUCGGCGGCUACCACCCGGAGGACUACGUCAACCCCAGCAGACUGCCGCCCGGGUUCGCGGCCAUCACCGCCUUUGGCUUCGGCAUCAUGGGUGCGGUGCUCGGCAUGGCCCAGGUCUGGUUCACGGGACCAAUCGGCAAGCUCUGCGGUGGGGACUACGGCGGCGACGUUGGCUUCGAGCUCGCCUUUGCCUUCGCUGCCAUUUCGUAUCUUGCGCUGAGGACGGUCGAGAAGAGCUAUUUCAAGCGAUAG